AGAAACGAGUGUUAGUGUGACUAAGAAGAAAAACAGAAAAAUGGAAACACUUUCUUUCAAAUUUUCAGUAGGCUUUCUCCCACCUGUGUUUCCUUCUCCUUGUUCUUUAUCUCAAACUUCUUGCCAACGCGCUUAUUUUCACCGCACUUCCACAUCAUUGCAUUUUCCUCUCAAAAUCUCGUGCCGUGCUACUUCGGUUGAAUCAGUUUCCGUUGGGGAAAAAACUAAGGUUAAGGAUUUUAAUCACAUAAGUGAUUUUGACAAGGACACUAUAAAGAAGAUAUUGGAUAGGGCCAUUGAGGUGAAAAAGCUAAUAAAAUCAGGAGACAGGUCAUUUCAACCAUUUAAAGGUAAAACAUUGGCAAUGGUGUUUGCAAUGCCAUCAUUGAGAACACAUGUUUCAUUUGAGACUGGUUUUGCAUUGUUGGGUGGACAUGCUGUUUAUUUAGCACCGGAUGAUAUCAAAAUGGGGUCGAGAGAGGAGACUCGCGAUGUUGCUCGCAUCUUGUCUCGGUUCACUGAUAUUGUUAUGGCUCGUGUUUAUAAUCACGAGGACAUACUUACUCUUUCAAAGUAUGCAACUGUACCUGUCAUCAAUGCAUUGACAGAUUACAAUCACCCCUGUCAAACAAUGGCGGAUGUCAUCACUAUAAUUGAGCAUCUCGGUCGUAUUGAAGGCGCCAAGAUUGUAUACGUUGGAGAUGGAAAUAAUAUGGUUAAUUCAUGGCUGGAGCUUGCGAGUGUAUUUCCUAUUCACUUCACUUGUGCUACUCCAAAAGGCUAUGAACCAGAUGCGAAAACAGUUGAGAAGGCGCGUCAAGCUGGAAUCAGCAAGAUUGUGAUAACUAAUGAUCCAAAAGAAGCUGUCAAAGGAGCUGAUAUAGUUUAUACAGAUGUCUGGGUAGGCAUGUGGAAACAGGAGGAGGCUCAACGGCGUCUUUUGAUGUUCAAAGGAUUUCAGGUGGAUCAAUGUCUCAUGGAUUUAGCUGGCCCAAACGCAUUAUUCAUGCAUUGCUUACCAGCAGAAAAAGGAGUUGAGGUGUCUGAGGAAGUUAUUGAAGGUCCGAAAUCAAUUGUCUUUGCGCAGGCUGAGAAUCGACUACAUGCACAGAAUGCCAUAAUGCUACACGUGCUUGGCGAGUAACAUGUUAGCAUGGUGAAUGAAUGAAUAAUCAUAUUGGCAAAAUAAAAUAAAACCUGUUUCAACUUUGAUACUUGGUUGGGGCACUUUGAGCUCGCAUCCAAUGAAGAAAUGUUUGUAUGUAAUGUAAUUGCAGUGUUUAGUUUCAGUUUUAUAUUAUAUUGUACUACUAUCAUUAAGAGUUCCUGAGAAUAUCUAUGAAUUGGACCGAUUGUGGAGACUGCAAUCUAAGAAGAAAUGGAUUGAAAUGUGUUGGUAGAAGUUGACUUUAUAGUCAUGUAUAAACUAUUACUACCGUUGAUCCUAUUUAUAAGAAAUAUCUUACUUUUAAGAUA